UUGUGCCGAAAAUCAACAUCAUUUGUGCAAGAAAUUUUUCAACGGUUAAAAAUUUCAAAUUCAGCCGACAGUGGUUUGAAAAAAGCUAAAUUUGUUGUCCCCCUUGCGGGACGCUGUAGCAUGUUUACGACAGCAUGAGGACUGAGGAAAAAAACAAAAAGGUAAAAUAACCGUCAGAAGAAACCCAGAGGCUAGAACAAUUUUCGUACGCGUAGUGGGCAGACGUCGUCUAUCAGCUCAGGAAGUAAAGCGAAUUAAAGUUAAAAUCUCGUAAAAUUUUAGCAACUUUGACAACAAUUGUCUGAUAUCGAAAAAUGAGCCGCAAAAGGCAUCUUGACGAUGGGCCAGGCCCGAUUCCUCAACGGUGGCUACACUGUCCUCGAAAAGCCUUUUCUACAGUUGGAGGAACAUUUUUAGCAUUCAAAACUCCACUUGAUGCAAGAUACGAAAAUCAAGUCGACGAUGAAUAUACUUUUCACCCUGAAAUGGUAUUUUCAUCAGUCAAGAAUAUGAAGAUGAAAAUUGGGCUCUGGAUCGAUCUUACUAAUACCAGCCGGUUCUACGACAAGAAUGUAGUAGAAAAAAAUUCAUGUAAAUAUGUGAAACUCAAAUGCAAAGGACAUGGUGAAACUCCCAACCCUGAAACUGUGGACCUCUUCAUCAAGCAAUGCACGGAAUUCAUUUCUCAAAAUCCUUUAGAAAUUAUUGGAGUCCACUGUACCCACGGCUUCAACAGAACUGGCUUUCUCAUUGUUUCAUACUUGGUACAGGCCAUGGACUGGUCAGUAGAAGCUGCGGUCAAUGAAUUUUCUAAAGCAAGACCCCCUGGAAUCUACAAGGAGGACUAUAUACGACAACUAUUCACUCUCUAUGGUGACAUAGAUGACACCACACCUGCUCCUGCCUUGCCAAUGUGGCAUUGUGAGGCUGAUGAUGAUACCCACAUCAAAGAAGAAACAGAAGCUGUUGAUGACAACGAAGAUGAUGACCAAGCCGGCGGCAGUACGGGUGACAAGAAGAAAAAACCACGACGAGAAGCGGCUCAAGCCAAAGCCAAAUUCAUGGAAGGGAUACCCAACGUCAAUCUGGUUACCGAUAUGGAGAUAACAUCUAGAGUACAAAAACGGAUCAAAAACCUCACGGGGUUAAAAUCGUCUGGAUUCACUGGUUGUCAACCAGUUUCCAUGGAUAGAAGGAACAUCCAACUACUGAACAAUCCCUACAAAGUGUCAUGGAAAGCUGACGGCACCAGGUACAUGAUGUUUGUUAUGGGACAAGAACAGGUCUACUUUAUAGACAGAGACAACGCAGUGUUUCAGAUCGAGGGUGUAUCGUUCUUCUCUUCGCAUGAUGGCAAGCGUCAUUUGGUUGACACCUUAGUAGACGGUGAGAUGGUCAUUGAUAAGGCUGACGGGAUGCGCCAUCCGCGCUAUUUGAUCUACGAUCUCGUCUCCCUAGAAGGGAAUAAAGUUUUUCAAGAACAUUUUACGAUCCGCUAUCGUACGAUCAUGAAAGAAAUAAUUGAACCUAGAGUGGUUGCCAUGAAAUCGGGACGGAUUAUCCGAGAACGUGAGCCGAUCGGCAUUCGACGUAAAGAUUUUUGGGAUUUACCAGCUACCUCCGCUCUUUUAGGAGAGAAGUUUAUGAAAAAACUUGGGCAUGAACCUGAUGGUCUCGUUUUCCAACCAAUAGAAGAGAGCUAUACACCAGGUCAGUGCCCAUCCGUUUUGAAGUGGAAACCACCUUCUCACAAUUCUGUUGAUUUUCGACUAGAAAUUGUUAUCGAAAACCGUCCUGGCAUGUUGCGACAACGUCUUGGUUAUUUGUUUGUCGGAGGGAAGAAUGUCACUCCUUUUGCGAUAAUGAAAGCUACUAAGGAGAUGGUCCCCCUUGACAAUAAAAUAGUUGAAUGUCGAUUUGAAAUGAACAACGGCAAAGGAAAAUGGGUCUUUAUGAGGGAAAGAACGGACAAAAGCUUCCCCAAUAGCUUUAAUACUGCUACAGCUGUCUGUCGAAGUAUCAGAGAACCGGUUACCAAGGAGAUGUUAGAGGAAUUCAUUCUUAAUCUAAGACGAAUGUCUCCUCCUCCUCCGCCCCAGCGAAGACCGCAUUAGCAGGAAUUCGUCGUGGUCACCUCUCUUCCUCAUGGUCCUCCCACGCUACUUUUACUUUUGACGUCGCUCAGUUUUCCGCCAACUGUUUAAUUAAUUCUCAAAGGUGUUCCGAGGCGCGACUUAGAAGAAUAUAUGUUUAAUUUAACCCUGUAGGUGCUUCAGUUUAUUUUGUCUGAUUAAUUACUUGAGUUCAUACACUGUAGAAAGUUGGGAGAAAUAAUAGGGCUUUGAACCAUCGAUCAAAUUGUGCUCGACAGUAUCGCAAAUUUUUUUAACUUUACCCGACUUUACCUUCUUUAUCCAAUUUCUUAAGUUGUAGUUCAACAUUCCUCUCAGCAGCAAGAUAAAACCUUGAGUCUGAAUUUUCAUAAUUACCCUUAACAAUGACAGUUUAUUCCCAUGGUUAGAUAAAAGGUAUUUGAUAAUCUG